GACAAUCAGCAGCUAAAACUCAUUUGAUGUGUAAAACAUUAAGCUGUGCUAUUAGCUUCAUGUUAAUUGCUUUUUGUCUUGCAAGGUUAAUAUUUUUAAUGGAUCAUGUUUUAGCUAUACAAUUAUUUUUUUAACAAAACGAGAUGACGUAACUGCUGAAGAUGAGCCAGUCUUCGCGAGAGUGACACGUUUCCUUAGCAACGCAAAAUGUGUGAUUCAAAAAACAGCGACGUCACAUCCUUCCCGUGAUGCUUAGCGGGCCCAAAUUGAACGAUCGGCAAAAGAAAACAAUUGUAUUUUUGCAUGCUCUGUUUUAAAGAGUCAAACGCACAAAACAAGAUAUUUCCACUGGAAUUAACACCGCACAGAAAAACACUUUAACGGUGCGCAACGGGACGGUUUAAUCCGGGCACGGUGGGUGUUAAUGAAAGAGUAGAUUGUGAACAAACAACGUUGCUAAUGUAUUAGCCGGACCGCUAGCGUGUUUUACGUUAGGUCAAGCAGCUGAGCUAGCGUUAGCAAAGCUUUGUAUGCUGGGUGACUGAAUAAUAAGGUUUUUAAAUAACUUUAGCGUCACGAUUACAGACCGACAAUGACCACCACACCCGAGUUUGUUGUUUCAUGUAACCAGCAAGCUAAAACCUCCAGUCAACGUUACAAGUUUCUUUCGUGAACUAACGUUAGUUAAUGUUGUUGGCAAAAGACUGAUCACAUGUAACUACUGUAACUGCUGUCAUUGUCGUUUACGAACGGAUUUGCUGCUAGUUAGCUAGUUUAAGUAGGGUUUACAUGAAGACACGAGAGUUAACAGUUGUUUGUCUACCGUUAUAUCUAGGAAUGAUCAUUAAAGGCCCCUUUUCAAGUUUCCAUUGCCAUCCAGUUAAAUGUACUGUUAUUUUCUUUACCUAAUGGGCCGAUAGCGGAGGAGCAUCCUCUGACGAGUGAGAUCCUCAGUCAGCCUUUAGUAGUCAGUUCAGUGAAGUGGAUCGUUUAUUUUGUCAAAAGAUAUAGGUUAGGCUAUCACUACACUCGAGUGUUUCGUAUUGAAGUUUAUUAAUCAAUAAGUUGAUCUACAGAAAACUAAUAACACAAAUAUUGAUGAGCCACCUGGAAAAUGCAGGUUCCAUCUUCUUAAAUAUGAACAUACUCCUUUUCUUGGUUGGAUAUUGUUAAAAAUAAUAAGUAGAUCAAAAUGAAUUAAACCCUCCAUGGUGACAUUUCUUUUGCUCAACAGUCAUUCAUGAGCUGAAUAUGCUGUCAGUAUCAGGACUGACCAGAAGUCAGCAAGUCAUGGCUAUGAGAGUACCAGUGUCCACUUGUCCCAGUGUCUGACGUGAGCGUUCAGGAAACUGUUGUACGGUUUUACAAAUGUGUUGAUCAGUCUUGACCUGUUUUCAGGCAUCAUGGAUCAGGACUAUGAGUGCAGGCUGCUCAGGCAGAUCAACAUUCAAAAUGAGAAUGCGAGCCCCAUAAAAGCGGUAGGAGCGGUGCGGGCUCUGACACCCACCAGCUCCCCCCUGUCCUCCCCGAGCAAGCACGGUGAUCGCUUUAUUCCCUCCCGGGCCGGAGCCAACUGGAGUGUCAACUUCCACCGCAUCAAUGAAAUUGAAAAGUCGCACAAUCAAAACAGAAAAACCAAAGAUGGCACAACCGACAGCAACAAAGCGGACGGUCUGGCUUACUCGGCUCUACUGAAGAACGAGCUGCUAGGAGCGGGCAUCGAGAAAGUCCAGGACCCCCAGUCAGAAGACCGCCGUCUGCAGCCAUCUACUCCAGCCAAGAGAAGCCUUUUUAGUUAUUCUGUAAGUGCGAAGAGGACUCUACCAGAAGAGGAUGGAAAUACAGUCUCUCCAUAUUCUCUAUCACCUGUCAGUAGCAACAGCCAGAAACUGCUCCGGUCGCCAAGAAAACCUACACGCAAAAUAUCCAAAAUACCUUUUAAAGUCUUGGAUGCUCCAGAGCUUCAGGACGACUUCUACCUCAACUUAGUGGACUGGUCCUCUCUGAAUGUACUCAGCGUUGGACUGGGUACCUGUGUCUACCUGUGGAGUGCCUGCACCAGCCAGGUGACACGUCUAUGCGAUCUUUCUGUAGAAGGAGAUUCUGUAACGUCGGUGGGCUGGUCCGAGAGGGGUAACCUGGUGGCGGUGGGGACUCAUAAAGGCUAUGUACAGAUCUGGGAUGCAGCAGCAGGAAAAAAGCUCUCCGUACUAGAGGGACACACAGCCAGAGUGGGUGCGUUGGCAUGGAACGCGGACCAGCUGUCAUCUGGGAGCCGCGAUCGGGUGAUCCUCCAGCGGGACAUCAGGGCCCCGCCUCUCCAGUCAGAGCGCCGUCUCCAAGGACACAGACAGGAAGUCUGCGGGCUCAAGUGGAGCACAGACCACCAGCUGCUAGCCUCGGGUGGAAAUGACAACAAGCUACUUGUGUGGAACCACUCGAGCGUCCUCCCGGUGCAGCAGUACACGGAGCACUUGGCUGCAGUGAAGGCCAUCGCCUGGUCUCCCCACCAGCACGGCCUGCUGGCCUCCGGAGGCGGCACCGCCGACCGCUGCAUCCGCUUCUGGAACACUCUGACUGGCCAGCCCUUACAGUGCACAGACACCGGCUCUCAGGUCUGCAACCUGGCCUGGUCCAAGCACACCAAUGAACUGGUCAGCACACAUGGUUAUUCCCAGAACCAGAUCCUGGUGUGGAAGUAUCCCUCUCUCACUCAAGUGGCUAAACUUACUGGACAUUCCUACAGAGUACUCUACCUGGCCAUGUCCCCUGACGGAGAGGCCAUUGUGACGGGAGCGGGAGAUGAAACACUUCGGUUUUGGAACGUCUUUAGCAAGAUGAGAUCCACUAAGGAAUCCGUGUCAGUGCUGAACCUCUUCACCAGGAUCCGGUAGUUAGCGCGCCACUCUACUACCAGGGGAUAACGCCGGGAAAGGAAUUUAACUUUGCAUGUAUCAAACUGUAAAUGGGCCUCUUCUUUUGAGUAUUUACCUCAGUAGUCUGCAGAGGGCCCCCCUCGAGCGCUCUUAGUUAUUUAGCCAAGUUGUAGCUGGAGGUGGGAGGGAGCUGGAGAGAUGCACAGCCUGAGUGUCGAGGGCAGAGGAGAUACGCAUGUACAGUAUUCCACUUCCCCCUUAAUGAUGGAGCCACUGGCUCAUCCAACAGACCGGGGAUCUCUGAUGACGAGGAGAUAAUGUGUGAUAAUGUUUUGUUUACAGACUGACAUUGUGCUUUCCUGCCAAAUAUUGAGUUUGUCCUUUUGUUUGUCUUAUUUAUUUUAUUUAGUUUUUGUUUUUUUUGGUAUUUUAAAAACAUUUUAAAAAUGUAUCCCUACCAGUUCUGAAGGCUGGUCGAUUUUCUUUUAUGUGUGUAACUGCAGUUUUUGGUCUGUGGAGUAUGUUUGCAGAACAAAUCCAGACUUGUCUUUUUGUAUUUUACUGAGAGACAAUAAUGUUUCACGUACACUGAUAACCGAUCACAUCAUCCUGAGCCGAGAACUGUAAAUGCUUAACUAGUUUUGGACAAAUCGGCCUGAUCUCUUUUUAUUUAUUUUUUACAUUAAGUUAAUUAAACAUUAUUGGUUCAUAGUUUUAUAAUCUAAUCUCAAGAAAAGUGUUUUAAAUCAAGUGGGACAUCUUAGAACAAAAUACUUAUUUGGUAACAAUAUACAUAAGAGUAUAUUCUUGAGUGGAAAAUCAGGCAUGUGAAUUUAAAAUGAAAACACUUUGUCUAUCAGUGUAGUUUGUAACAGUAACUAAAGCACACAAUAAAACAUUUGGGAUUAAAUCGGAGUGAAAGUGCUGCUCGUGCAGAGCUGCUGCUUUGUGCUGUGUCUGAGGUAUUCAAGCUUGAGGCACUUUUCCUAUUUCACACCGUGUCUGUGUUGAGCAGUCAUGCAAUUCACUUUAUUUUUGUUAUAUAUCCGAGAAAAGAAAUUUUAUAUCUGCAGCA